UUUAACGGUAACUAGCAAACAUAUUAUACUGUAAGCAAUUAGGAAAAAUAGUGGGGCGCGUCUUCAUGGAUAAAUUUAUCUAUAGGCCCGAUAUGCAGUAAACUGGCUAGGGUCACACGGAAUGUUAUUUAAACACGUCUAUCCACUUAAGAUCUUCAGUCUUGUUGAAAAUCGCAUCUUGAUCAGAGCCAUGUCUUCAAGCAAAACUAUUCAUUUUAAUAGCAAACACUUGAAAAAAGGGGAUCCCCUACCGAAAUGGAAUGGAAAGCCGAAAUUGUAUAACAUGCGAUACUGUCCUUUUGCACAUCGAUCAGUUUUGGCAUUAAAUGCUAAAAAUGUUGAUUAUGAAAUAGUGAACAUAGACCUAUUGGACAAACCAGAAUGGUUGAAAUCUAAAAGUUCUUUAGGUAAAGUGCCAGCGCUAGAAAUAUCGGAAAAUGUCUCUGUAAUAGAAAGUCUAAUCGUCAGCGAAUACGUAGACGAAGCGUAUCCGCAAAGGAAGUUAUUGCCACAGGACCCAUAUAGAAAGGCGGUUGAUAAAACCAUCGUCGAAAUGUCUGGCUAUAUACAUUCUUUGUUUUUCAAGGUCAUUAAAGGUAUUCCAGUCACAGAGGAAACUAUUAACGGGUUCUUUAAUGCUUUGACUUUUAUUGAAAAUGAACUUAAGAAACGUGGUUCAACUUUUCUUCAUGGAAGCGAACCAGGCUUUGCUGAUUACAUGAUCUGGCCGUGGUUUGAAAGAAUGCCUGUUGCAGCCGAAUUUGAUAAGAUACUAAGCCUUGAUGAAAAGAAAUUCCCUACUCUAGUGCGUUACGUGAAAGAUAUGGAAAAUGACCCAGUUGUGAAAGCAUACACAGUUCCAAAUGAUAUUCUUAGACAAUAUCUUGAAGGUUACAGAAAAGGAGAGGUUAAUUUCAACCUUUUAAAUUAAAAUUAGUUUUUUGUAUUUUUAAUAAAAACCAUUGAAGUAUGUACUUAA